CAACCACCAGUUAAGAGCAUAUGGUCUACGGCUGGCAUGACUCUGGGUUCAGCACUUGCUCCUGUCUCUUUGCUCCUCGCCCUGGAAAGCGUUCACAACCAUGUCUCAUCGUAAGUUCCAUGCCCCGCGUCAUGGCCAUCUGGGGUUCCUGCCCCAUAAGCGCAGCCACAAGCACAGGGGCAAGGUGCGCACCUGGCCUAAGGAUGACCCCAGCAAACCUGUGCACCUCACUGCCUUCAUGGGGUACAAGGCUGGCAUGACCCACACUCUGAGAGAGAUGCACCGCACAGCCAUGAAGAUGUCCAAGCGGGAGGAGGUGGAGGCCGUCACCAUCAUCGAGACCCCCCCUGUGGUGGUGGUGGGAGUGGUUGGAUAUAUCAGCACCAUCAGGGGCCUUCGCAGCUUCAAGACGGUCUUCGCUGAGCACAUGAGUGAUGAGUGCCGGCGCAGAUUCUACAGAAACUGGUCCAAGGGCAAGAAGAAGGCCUUCACAAAAUACAGCAGGAAAUGGCAAGAUGAGGUGGGCAAGAAGCAGCUGGAGAAGGACUUUGCCCUCAUGAAGAAGUACUGUUCUGUCAUCCGUGUCAUAGUGCACACACAGAUGCGUCUGCUACCUCUCAGACAGAAGAAAGCCCAUCUGAUGGAGGUGCAGCUGAACGGAGGCACCAUAGGGGAUAAGGUGGACUGGGUGAUAGAGAGGCUGGAGCAACCUGUUCCUGUGUCUUCCGUCUUCACUCAGGAUGAGAUGAUUGAUGUCAUUGGUGUCACUAAGGGUCAUGGGUUCAAGGGUGUGACGAGCCGCUGGGGCACCAAGAAGCUCCCCAGGAAGACCCACAAGGGCCUGCGUAAGGUGGCAUGCAUCGGGGCCUGGCAUCCUGCCCGUGUGAGCUACACCAUUGCCCGUGCUGGCCAGAAGGGCUACCACCACCGAACGGAGGUCAACAAGAAGAUUUAUCGUAUUGGCAAAGGGGUUCAUGUCAAGGAUGGCAAAGUCAUCCGCAACAAUGCCUCCACAAAUUACGACACCACUCAGAAGACCGUCACCCCAAUGGGUGGAUUCCCGCAUUACGGAGAAGUGAGCAAUGACUUCUUAAUGGUGAAAGGCUGUGUGGUUGGCACCAAAAAGCGUGUCCUUACUCUCAGAAAGUCCCUCCUGGUGCACACGUCACGUAAAUCUAAGGAGAGCAUUGAGCUCAAGUUCAUUGACACCACAUCCAAGUUUGGCCGUGGACGCUUCCAAACUCUACAGGAGAAGAGGAUGUUCAUGGGUCCGCUGAAGAAAGAUGUCCUGAAGAAACAACCGGAAACUCAGACCGAGGAGCUGGAUUGAGAACAGAAUGCAAAAGAAAUCUCCCGCCAGUGGAAUAAAAUGCACCAAAUACAACAAUAAAUAUUGUUUUCACCAAACAGCUGGUGUUCUACA